AUGCUCGUCCCUCUCAAAAUUAGGCUGCUUAGCCUCCAACUUUUCCUUGUUACUGGCGCUUGGUGUGCCUACACUUUCGACAACCUGCCUCAUCCGCUCGAAUCUCCGGGCAAGCAGAACUUGAAACUGAAACAUGUGACCCGCGGGUACGGCACACAAAACUACGUGUGCAAGGACGGGAAAUGGGCGCCAAAUGGAGCAGAGGCGACGUUACUCUACCGGUCCCAGCCACAGAAGCCGUCCCGGACCGUCGGACACCAUUCGUACAAGCCACCCGGGCUGCCCACGUUCGACAUUUUGGGUGUUGGCUCCGUCACCUGCAAGAAAGUGCAGUUUGCGCCCGACUCCAAUGCACAUAACGUUGUUUGGCUCCAGCUGGAUGUGGUGGGAGGUACCCCUGGGAUGGCGAAGAGAGUGUACCGCACUCACACUGUCGGAGGAGUCCCUCCCGAACCGACGUGCAAGCCGACCGAUCAGCCAUUAAAAGUGCACUACUCUGCCCUUCAGCGUUCCCCUAUAGAGGGCACCUUCCCCACCCACCCACCCCCGUCGUAUCCAGGUCCAACACAACCAGCCAAGCCCAGUGUCCCAACAGGCUCCCCCCGUCCUGCGGUUCUCGUCUACAACGUCGCCACCAUGCACGCCCUGCAGGCCCUCCAUUUCGCGUCCACCCUCCUCCUCUUCAUCCCCGUCUUCGCCCCACUCACGGCCGUCGUCGCCUAUCCAGUCACGGGCAGCGGGGCCGGCGCCGGAACAAGCGCCGCGCGUCGCUCCAGACGCUCGCCUGAGGAGUACGACGAGGAGCAGAUCGGCGUGUUCGCCGAAGGCAACGGCACCGAGCGGGACUUCAUAUGGUCCAAGUUUAGCCCGGCUAGGAACUACUUCGGCGCAGGCAACCCCACCAAAGAAAUCGAGUCGAUGACUCUGAACCUCGACAAUCUGUAG